AUGAUUUGGAAGGUCUUUACAUUUUUUGGCUUCGCGCUUUUAGCGUUUAGUGAAGCCCGACCACCUAUUUCAGAACAAAAAGUGAAAAUUGAGACUCAUGAAAAGGUUUCACAUAUUGGAUCUCAUAAACCUGAGCAUCAUGAGGUAUACGCUUGGGCGUAUCCAUCUUAUGAAUUCAAGUACGAAGUUAAUGACCCUCACACUCAUGACUUCAAAGGACACGAAGAAACCCGACAAGGUGACGAAGUAAAAGGACAUUACUGGCUUAUACAACCAGACGGUUACAAGCGAACCGUUAAUUACCAUGUUGAUAAAAACAGCGGAUUCAAAGCACACGUUGACUACACUAAGCUACAUCAUAAAUUGUCCGAAGAAAAUGCAGGUGAGGAGGAAAAUUCGAACGAGGGUGGCGAAUCAAACGACAAUAGCGAAGAUGGAAGUAAUGAGAAUAUAAGUAAAGAAGAAGCGCAUGUUCCUAACACACACGAAUUCAGUAGCGAUAAUGAAGGUGAAUCAGCCAAUCUCGAUGAUAAUAGUGAACAUGAAAGCUAUCACGGUCAUGGAACAGAUAGGGAUAUAUCGAGACGAGGUGACGUAAAAUUUUGGGGACGAAAACGUGGGCGUGAUGAAUCCCACAAAAAUCAUAAGAACAAUAAUGAAGAAGAUGAACAAGAAGCCAGAGGUAGUGACAAUGGAGAAGAACAAGCUAGUGAAGAAAAUGAAAGCAUUCACCAUGGCAAAGUAGAAGAACAUAGUAGUGGAACUGAUAGCGGCAAUGACGGAAGUUCUGCUGUAGAAAAUAAAAGCGAAAAACAUGUCAUAAAACAUGAAUAUCAUACAGUUUUGGUGAUCAGUUUAGCAAACUAUGUGCUAUGUGAACAUGGCGCAACAUCUGAGCAAAGGGUACAAGUACAUCACUCAAAAUCUGAAAGUUACAGCCACCAUGAUGGAGACAAAAAGUCGGAGCAUCAUGAAGAAUACGCCUGGGCGUAUCCUUCCUAUGAAUUCUCAUACAAAGUAAAUGAUCCCCAUACACAUGAUAUAAAAGGUCAACAUGAAAAGAGGCAUGGUGAUGAAGUUAAAGGAAUUUAUUGGUUGUUGGAUCCGAACGGUUAUAAACGUACUGUAAAUUAUCACGCAGAUGAUCAUAAAGGAUUUAAUGCUCAAGUUGACUACUCUCAUGAAAAACAUAAUGAACAUGGCUAUAAAAACCAAUAUAGUGUUUAUGAAGAACAAUCUGAGGAUAAAGAUCAAAAUAAAAAUGAAGAAAGCAACGAUGACACGAACAAAGAAUCUAAUGGUGAACGUAAAGACCAAAAUAAUGAAGGUGAAAGUAAUCAAAAUGAAAAUAAAGAAGAAAGUGAGCAAAAUAAUGAGAAAAACUUAGAAGAAAACAAUUCUAACAGUGAGAAUAAUAAAAACGAACAAGACGAAGAUAAAUACAAAAAUAGUGAAAGAAAUGUUGCUGAAAGAAGUUGGAUUGAGAAAGAUGAGGGUGAAAAUAUUGAAAUUGUAAGUGAAACAGAUGAAUACAAUAUAAACAAAGAUGAAAAACCUGAAAAUAUGCGACAUAAGCAGAAAGAUCAAAAUGUAGACAAAGAUCAUAAUGGAAACAGUGACAAGACUGAAAACGAUAAUUUUCAGCAAGACAAUAGAAAGCGAACGAAUAAAAACGGAAAAGAUAAUGAACAAAAUAAUAAAAGUGGUCAUAUUAGACAAGAAAAGAAAAAAAAUCAUAACAAAAAUGGUAGAAUAAAUGAAAACCACGAUAAUAAUAGACGCAAGGAAGCAAAUACUAAGAAUAAUGAAAAUAAAAGAUAUAAAGAACAAAACAAGAAAAGUAAAAAUAAUAAUAUUCAGAAAGAUUCCAACAAAGAUAAUAAUAAAAAGAAUCAGGAAAUAGAUAACAUUCGUUUCAUGAAAUUGGAUGCUAGUGAAAAUGAAUAUAGUCAAAACACCGGCGAACAUAAAAGUCAAAUUUACGAACAUCGUAUUUAUAUAAAUCAUCCCAAAUUUCCCUCCUCAGCUCCAAUAGGAAAAAAACAUAAACAU